CAUCCACUCCUUCAUUCUAGCUUCUUGGGUUGGUCUGAGAAACAACCAAGUUCAUUGGAAUACCAAUCUUUGAAACUCUUUAAGGACGAUAGUCAAAGUCACUUAUACCACGGAAGCAAAGGACCUUAAAGUUGAGAUUCAGUAGUUUCUCUCUUUAGACGCGUGUGGUUGGUAUUCAUCCCGACCAGCCAUGUCAUAUCGAUCUCAGCGCCUUCGGCGGGGCGACAAAGACAGUACUGCUACUGCCAGCACCACCAGCGCCAGCGGUAGUAGUAGCAGCAGCAGAAACGGCCAAACAGUAGAAGAAACCAGGAACAGUUUUAUAACUCUCGAGCAAAGCUACAACGAUGUCGUUGAAACCAAGGCGGAUCUUUUCAAAGAUUAUCAAGAACUGGAAAGCAGGCUCGAUGGAAUGCUAUCUCAACACGAGAAAGACCAAAAGGAACUGGAAAAGGUCAAAAAAACAUUGCAGUUGAAAACUGCCAAGAUGGAGGCUUCCAUAGCCCACAAGAACGAGAUGAUUGAAGAGAGAGAUAAGACCAUCGUCAUCCUGAAUGGCAAGCUCAAGAAGCUGAACGAAAAGUACUCAAAAAGAGACGUCGAGGCUGUGGCUAGCGAGAAGAAGGCUCAUGCUUUCAGUGAAGAGAUAAAAUCGCUAACAUUACGGCUUGAAAAGAAAGAGAAAAUCAUCUUUGAUCUCGAGGAGAAGCUCAGUAAUAAGCAGAGAGAGUUGAUCGGUGCCAAUACGAUGGUGGUCAAAUUGAAAAACGAGCUUGAUAAAGUACAAUCUGAAUUGGUGAUGGUUACCACCAGAGCUGAGAAGUGCCAAGCUGAUUUGAAGGUAUCCGAGAGGGAAAAUGCGAACCUACACACGAAGAUCUCGGAGCUUCAGCAAAGUCUACGUAAGAAUGAAGAUCGCUUUAAUAAGCUUCAACUAAACUAUGACAACCUUCUUAAAAGUGAAUCUGCCUUGAAAGCAAAGAAUGCCUCACUGGACCAAGAAAACAUUCAACUUAGGAACAAACUCAUUCAGCUCGAGAAAGACCUUGAACUUGCCCGCAACAAACCAGUGGAAAAGUCAUUUGAAGUGAUUUCUGUGGAUACCGUGCAGUCUGUGGAAUCAGGACCCCCAAUGGACUUCUCAUUUGAUUCAGAAGAGCUUGAAAGAGCGAAUCACAGAAUCAAGGAGCUUGAAGAGUUGCUUCAUCAACACGAGGUAGAAAACAGUGACUUACAGGUCAAGCUUGGAAACUCUAAAGGCCAGAUCACGAAGCUGGAAUGCGAGCUUGAAAAUGCUCUAAGGCACAAGAGCAUUGGCGCUGCGGAGCUCGAAGGGGAGAAAGGGAAGCUGGCAAGGCAUCUGAGUGAAACCAAAAACCUUACCAUUCAGUUGGAAGAAGCUCAUAAAGGAAACGAACAACUGAAGAAGGAGAUAGCCAAGAGGGACAAGCUGAUAGAAGAACUGAGAGCAAAGAUAGCUGACUACGACAAGACAAUCGAAGAUCGAGAUGAAGAGAUUUUCAGCCUUAAUGGAAAAAUCGAGUACCUUAGCAUCGACAAGGAAAAGCUGAGCGAUGACAACCGAGAGCUGUUAAAGAAAAUUGCAGAAUUGGAUUCCGAUUAUAAGAUUAGUGAAGACGACAAAGAAAAGGCAAGUCGCGAGUCAAAGGGACAUCUUUACAAGCUUUCAGAAUUGGAAGCCAAAUUGGUAGAAUCCGAGAAAGAUCGACGUCUGACCGAUGAGCAAAACACCUUGUUGCAACAGAAGAUCGACAAGCUGGAAAACGAACUCUACAAAGCUAGUCAAGAAAGGAGCAUCUAUGAGAAUCAAACGGUAGACUUGUCAUCUGAGAGUAAUAAACACCGUGACAUUGCAGCGCUUUCUAAAAAAGAACUCAUGGAAUUGCGUGGUGAGAUAGAUGGAAUGAGACGAGAGUUAGCCACAAAAGAUGACACUAUUGCGCAGUUGAGAAGGAAAGUCGACGACUUGAACGAAGAUCUUGAUGAAGAAAAGAAAUCAUUGGAAGAAUCGAAUUCUAGAUUUAGUGCUCUCGAGGCAGCUGUAAAGAAGGCUGAAAAUGAUGUGGAGUUGAAGAACGCCGAAAUCGAUCGUUUGAAUGGAAUUCUGGACCGCACUACCAAGGAAAGAAAUGACGCCGAAAUUCAGCUCGCUGGACUUUUGGAGAAAUUCAAGAGCCUUGACACUGGUUCUGGAAGGAAAGUGACAAACAGAGCACAGGUUGAUAUUAAGGUUUCCAAAGUUCAAGAUCUUGAGAGUCAGUUGUCAUCCUUGAGGCAGAAGGUGUACUCGCUUGAGAGAGAAAACGAUGGCCAAAAACAAGCUGUUAACUUCUUAAAGAAUGAAAUAACUGAUAAAGACGACAGAAUCGCGUAUCUACAACGUGAGCUUGAUAGCAGAGGCAUCCACAAUGACGACGCUGAAAGAAUGUUGGCUGAUUAUAAAAAGAAAUGCAUGGUCUUAGAGAAGGAGUUGGACGAAACAUUAGCCAUCAAGGACAGCAUGGAAGAGGAGCUCACGUCUCUUCGUCCGGCAGUUGGCAAACUUGAGACCAAAGUCGAAUCUUUGACAUUCAAGAAAGAGACUCUUGCGUCGCAGCUUUUAGAAGCCAAUGACAAACUGCGUAUGGCCAAGGAGGAUCUACACAAGGUCCAGAUAGAGUUGAUGGAAGAACGAAAAGCAAACAAAUCGUUAGGCAAGCUGGUCAAGAAGCACGAGACGACAAUCGAAGAUCUAACGGCCCGAAUGAAAGAGUAUGAGAACGAGAUUGAAAGUCUGAGAAGAAACCUUUCUGCAAGCAAUGCCGCCUUAGACGCCCUGAAGGUAAAGAAUCAGGAACUGGAGAAAUUCAUUGCCGAGUUGAAAUCUAGAAAGACCAGCCUUGAGCAAGAAGUUAACGAGUUGAGAGACCACAGAGAAGUGAUCGAGGGCGAUCUUAGCUCUAUGUCUUACAAGUUGAGCAAUUUGAACACCAAGGUGAGCUCAAUUGAAAAGGAUAAAACUUACUACCAAGGCGACAGCGAAGUAUCUCAAGGAAAGCUCCGUAGGAUGAAGAACGAAUUGAUCCAAGCGAAAAACCAAGUCAGAGAGAAGGACCGCAUUAUUGAAGAUCUGACUGACAAACUCAAAGAAGUGGAAUCAAAUUACACAACCUCGAAGAGGAAGAACAAGAACUUUGAAGAUGAAGUUAAUUCACUACGAAAAGAGCUUGAGGCUGAAAAACACACUAAUGAGGUCAACAGAGAGAGAAUCGCCGAACUUCUGGCUCAGCUGGAGACGAUGUCAACUAAUGUAGUUGCCCCAGUUAACGUAGCAAUCACCGAAUCUGCUCCUCCCGUGAUGUUCACGGAUAAUUAUGAAUCAAUGCCUGAUGGCAGAGCUGAUGAGCUCGAAGCCUUGUACCAGUCAAGCAAAGAGCGUGAAGGAACACUCAGACAUGAAGUGGAACAGAAAAACGUGAAGGUCACUCAGCUUGAAUCAGAGAAGAAGAAGACAGCGGACAGGUGCAUUGAAUUAGAGCACGAACUUUCAAUGCUGCAGAGAAAGUAUCACGACCUGGAACAGAGCUUGAGUAGGGCUCAGCGGGAAAGAGAUGACUUCAAGAAAGAUUCCAUUGAAGCUUCCAACAAGUGGUCUUACUUUGAACAAAAAGCUGAGAACGAAGAAGCGGAGAAAAAGUCUUUGCAGAGGCAGUAUAAUGAUGUGAUGUUGAAACUUCGCCAGAGUCAAGAAGAGAUUUUGAAGAUCGAGGAAAACCUUGUUGAACAUCGUAUCGAGGUAAAAGGCUUGACAACUGACAAGCAAUACCGAGAAGAGCAUCUUUCAAAAUUCAGGGAUUCCGUAAAAUUCCUUGAAGAUCAGCUGAGUUCUCUGAAUGACAGCCUGAACUAUCAACGAGAAGAGAAUGAAAAACUUAAAGCCGAGCGUGACAGUCUUUUGGAAAGCACCUUCUUAAAGGAGAACACCAUCAAUAGACUGAAGGCUGAUAAUCAAAGUCUUAUUAACGAGAGAGACCGCGCAGUUGAAGACGCAAAAGAUGCCUUUGAGAGGUUGAAAGAUCUUGAACAGAAACUUGCUGAAGCUUUAAGGAGAAAGGAAGAGGCAGAAGACGAGAUCGAAGAACUCAACACAGAAAUCCAUGAUCUUAAAGAUGAAUUAACACAGGGUCAAAGAAAGUACAAGCAACUAGAGGAAAAAAUCCAAGCUCUCAUGGAAGAGUCGGAAAAGGAUCAGAAGUAUAUCGAUGAACUUCGAGACAACAAAACAUCCUUAGAAGAUCAAAUUGCAGAACUCAAACGCCUGCUUGCUGAAAAGAAUAACAUUGCUCCAAUUGUACAGGCAGUUGAGGUUCAGAAUGUGCAGGCCUCGUUGGAGUCCAGCCCAAUGAUGGACUUCGGUGACUCUGAUGAAAUUAAGCGCCUUCAGAUUGAGAAUGCAGGGCUGAGGAAACAAGUGAAAGAAAGCGAGGCAAUCAUCGACAAAAAUAAUAAACUUAACGAGUUAAUUGUCCAAGGAGAAGGCAAAAUCAGUAAACUGGAGACAGGUAUGCACUUAUCCCAAAACAGGAACGCAGAGCUCGAGAAAGAACUGGAGGCUUUGAAGAAAACAGCAAAACCACUUAUGGAAAAGUAUGAAGUGACGAUGAGGGACUAUGAACUGCAGAAGGACGAGUUGGACAGCUUGCAGAACAGGCUUGGAAAUACAGAACUACAGCUAGAUCAAGAGAAAUCCUUGAGAAGUGAUCUGAGAAGACAGUUUGACGACAAACUAGCGCUGUUGAAUGAAAGAGAAGAAGAAUUACUGGCUGUAAAGAAGAAUAAUCAGGAACUCCAAGUCCUUCUGAAUUCAUCUAACGAUUCCAUCGCUAAAGAUAACUUGGUUGAAAUGCUGAGAAACGAGAAUGAAUCACAAAAGAUGGACAUCGAGAAGCUUAGGAAAGAAAUACUGUCUUUACAGAAUCAACUGAGGGACCUGUACACCAAGAAAGAAGUGGUUGACAAGAACCUCUUCUCGUCCAAAGAGUACUGUGCAAAUCUAGAAAUUGACAAUGAGAAGCUCAAGCAGAGGAUCCAGCAACUAGGAUCCAGCCUGAAGGAUGCAGACGAAAGAAUCCAACAGCUUGAAGAGAUGCUGAAGAAUUUCAAGAAGGAGAAAAAUGCUUUGAAAUCAGAGUUAAACGAUGCAAACAACACGCUUAAAAAAGAAAAAGCAGAACUUGUCUAUUUGAAAAAUAAGGUAACUGAAUUGCAAGAAAUCAUAGAUGGAAUGAAGAGCAGCACAUCUGUUGAACUGGUCAGCUCAGGUCCUGGAAACAAUUCUUAUGAAGUCAGCAAGCUCAGAGCAAAGGUUGACAAAUAUCGUGAAGAUUUGCAAAGAAGCCAAGACGAGAUAUCACGUCUUCAGCUACAGCUGCGCAAUAAAGACGUUUCGGUGUCCAAAUAUGAUAACUCCGAUGCCUUGCUCAAGGAAAACGACAGAUUGAAAAAUGCUUUGAAAAACCAGAAAGCAGAGACCGAAGAAUACAGAGCAAGUUACAGCUCUUCUCAAAAGGAAAUCGAGAGACUCCAGCUGAAGAUGGUAUCAUUGAACCAAUCCAAUAGUCAUCUGGAGGCAAAAAUUAACGCCCUCGAAGAAGAAAAAUCUCGACUUAGAAAGCAAAUCAACGAUUCAGCCAAAGAUAUAUCUGCGUUGAAGAUCCAAGUCGAUGCCCUGAAGCAUGAAAGAUCAAGGCUGAAGAAUGAUCUCGCAAUUCUUCAAAAGAAGUACGACAAUCUGUCGGCUCAGUUUGCAGCUUUGCAAGAACAGAAAGGAGGAAAGAGUAAAGAGCUUGUCAACAUCAAGAAGAUAACAGAGCUUGAAUCAAAAUACCAGGCAGCUCUACGCGAGAAAGAAGAAGCCCGAAACGAGCUGUUCUCGCAUCGCAAAAACAAUGCCAAAGUAGAGAGUGCUCUGUCUGAACACGUCAACACGAGAGAGACGCUUGAACAUGACAUUUUCUGUCGUGAUAACAGGAUUGCUGAGCUGGAGAAAAGUUUGAAGGAAUCACAAGAUAACCACGUUGCUGACAAGGAAGACAUGCUGCAAUGGCGAAAGAAAGUCCAAGGCCUUCAACAAGAACUUCAAGCCAUGGAACAUAAGUAUGAGCGUCUUUUGAAACAGAAAGUAAGUCUGGAAAAAACCAUUGAGGAUCUCAACGAGGAUCUUGCAGAUGCAAAUAAGAGGAUCGAAAUAUUGGAAUCUUCCCUUAACGAGCAAGAAGACGAUACCGAUGGAGGAUAUUCUGAUCACGUGAAGUUACAAAGACAAAUAAGCGAGCUGGAGGCACUCCUAAAAAGAGUCACCGAAGCAAAAGACAAAGCAGUGGAGGAAUCUCAUCAAUACAAGGGUCAGGUAUGGGACCUCCAAGACGACUUGACAAGGCUCAAAAGUGAAGUGGAACACCAUCGUAAGUUAAGCGAUGAAACAAAUAAGAUGAACGACAAGCUGAAAGACGAUUUGGCCAAGAUGAAGAAAGACACUUGGGAGGCUCAGCACAAUUACGGAAACGUAUGCAAAGAGCUCAACGAAAUGAAAUACGCGAACGAGUUGCUUGAAACCGACAAAACGGACUUAGAUAAACAGAUACGUCGGCUACGUGAUGAAGUUACCGACACCCUUUCUCAGAAGGAAGUAAUCGCUAACGAAAGAAACGACCUGAAGUUCCAGCUACAGCGCCUACAGGUUGAACUCGCUCAAGCCAACAUGGAAACCAACGAAGCAAGAGAGGAGAUCGAACAUUUGAAGGUAGAUCUCUUGAAACUCACUGAUGAGAAUGAAGCUCUAAGAGCUAAACUAAACAACCAGGAAAUAGCUCCUAUACAGAUUGCUACAGUAGAAACUGUGGAGAGUGAGCUGCCUUUCGAUUUCGAUGAAUUGGAUGGCGCCAAACGGGAUAGAGAUCAGCUGAAGCUAGAGAUGGAAGGCGUAGAGACCAGGUUACGUCACCUUGAUAAUGAGCUUAGUGAAAAAGAGAAAGAAAAGAGCAGAAUGAAUGAAAAUUUGGUCGACGCCAGGAAAAGGAUCUCUGUUCUAGAAACAGAAAACAAGAACUUCCAGACGGCUUGUGAGAAAGCUAUAUACGAACGCGAUAUUGCCAACCAGAAGUUCGUGGAACAAAGAACUGACAACGAGUCGCUGAAGCAAGAAAAAGAAACACUUCUCAUUGAACUCAAGGACCUGCGACCACUGGUCACUGAGCUGGAAGGUGAGGUUCAGCAACUUAAGAGGAAGGUUUCUGGGUACGAAAGGGAACUGGCAAGAGCAGGACAAAAGCCAGUCGAGAAGAAACGAAAUCGGUUCAAUGAGAGCGACUUGCAAAAAGAGAAUGUCGACCUGCAAAAGAGAAUUACCGAUCUGGAGAUAACUUUGAGAACAGCAGAGGACAAGGCGCGAGAUGCUGAGAUCGAGAGGGACGACAUGGAGAAGAAGAAUGCUCUCAUACGAGAGGACAUGAUCUUCCACCAGACCAAGUGCUCAAAGCUUGAAGAGGAAUGCAAAAACUAUGAAAGAAGGAUCCAAGAAUUAGAAGAUGAAGUCAAAGAUCUUCUGAGUAAACUCGGAAGUUCAGCUGAUUCUGGCCGAGAUCUGAGCGAAGCUGACAUGAUUGCCAAAAUCAAUGCACUUGAAAAGAGAAUUCAGACGCUGCAACAGCAAGUAUCUGAACGAGACGACGAGAUCGAUCGGUUGAAGAAGCAAUUGGGAGACCUGAUGGACAGAGGAUCUGGAUCCGGAGAACUGGAAAUCCAUCUGGCGGAGAUCAAAGACAAGAGUGAGAUUUACCGCCAAGCUGACAAGGCCAAGCACGAAAUUAUCGAGAAUAUGAGAGCAGAGAAGACAGCCUUGGAAAUAGAGAUUGACAGCCUAAAAAGAGAAAUAGCUGAUUCAAAAUCUUCUUGUGAAGAAUACAGUAGGAACAACGACGAGCUUGAACAGGAAAUCUCGGCUCUGUCUGCAGAAAAGAUUGCCAUGGAAAACAAGAUUUAUGAGCUAUCGAAUAGCUAUAAAUUGCAGAUUGCAGAGCUGCAGAACGAUAACGAGAUUCUUGUUCAUAAGAACGAAGCCAUGGAAAAGAUCGUAGUGAAGUACGAGGGACAGAUUCAAGAGUUGAGAGAACGUCAGGCUCUCAUUUCCGUUGACCAAGCUUCUACCACGUUGAUUCUAGAUGUUGAAAAGAACUCGCGCUUUUCGCGUCCACAUUCCAUAUAUGUCAGCCAUGCUGAGGGUGAGAUGGCGGCCGAUGCAUCUAGAAGGCGCAUGAAGAAUGAUGACCAAAUAAAGGCAAGUGAAGACUCUGUAGUAGUGGAGAGUAGCGUAGAUAGAUUGCAAAGCAGCCCCAGGAUGUCUAGCACCAGAAAUGAAGAGGCACCAAAAUCCACUACUUCAAGCUAUGAUUCUGGUAAAUAUUCAUCAAGAAGCAGUAGACCUGAAGAAAGAGGCUACCGAUCUGGACGUGAUAACAAUGUUACAGCCGAAAGAGAAACAGCGAAAAAGGAGGAGACCUCACGAAGCAGGAGUGGACCACGCGUGGUAGAUAUCGGUGGCGACCGCGGCAGCAGAGAAGAAAAUAGGAGGGAAGAGUCGUCAGGAAGGAGAGGUGGUAGUAGGACAGCAGCCAGUGACAAGGAGCAAUGUAAACAAAGUUAAACCAAACUUGUGGUAUUGCUUUAACGAAUUUUAUGACUGUAAGUGGUAAGGUGAGGGUACGCAUUUAACGUUAAAACCUAUGACAGAUAAUUUUAGACCUCUAAUCAAAAUCCUAGUUAAAGCAAAAUUAACCAAAUUUCAUGACUUUACGUGGUACGGCCACGGUACACGUUUGACUGAUAUCUCGAACAUCCAAUCAGAAUGCUAAGAGCACGCUCCGGGCAUGCUAGCAGUCAUAUGAAGUUUGCUCUGGAUUUCAUACUUCGUUUAUAACCAUAUAAUUUUCAAUUCUUUUCAUGACCAAUUUUAAAGUAGGCGACAUCGAAAUUUCAGUUGAAAUAAAUUUGAUGUCUUUUGUUAAAUGGCGAAUUAAUUUAGAAUGUAAAAUCAUUUGUGUCUUUCACUUAAUAUUAUAAGAACUUCUUUGCUUCAUUUUUUAAAAUUGCUUUCAAUUAGAUCUAUAUCAAAACCACAGUAAUGCAUCAUGGGAUGUCUUGGGGAUAAGAAUUAAAAUAUGCAUAGUAAAUUGCACAUUAGCUCACUUUCGCUGUAGGUUAGGUAGGUAAUGCAAGUUCUACAAGACAAGGUGAUACUGUAGCAUAGAAAAUCCAAUGAGUUGCACAACAUGCAUUCCUUUAUGCUUGAUUAUAGCAGCACAACAUUAUGCUCAAGACAGCAAGACUAUCUUUAGGGCCUCCUGAUCAUUAUCAGUAUGGUAAUAGUACCCUGUCUAAUGAAGGUGUCAUAACCAAAACUACAGCAGUGAUAUAAAGAACCUCAAUUUAUAAUAAAAAUCAAUAUACACCACUCAGCUUGAUUAUUCGAUGUAUUAGUGAUUAGUACAUUUAUAUUAAUAAAAGUUAUUAAAUUAAA